CAUGCGUCUCUUGGAGAUGGAACAUGUGCAUGAGGACACCUGUCUUCAAUGCUCUGCCGCUUCUUUAGCGCUCUAACUGUCAAACAGAUCAUGAAAUUUGCGACACUUCGAAUUCAUGCGAAAUUGAAAUGGCGCCCUAUCAUUAAUAUUCAUCAAUAGCAUGUCCCUCUUAUUCAGUAGGCUACAUGUUUCAGAGGUGCGGUAUCCUCCUGUACUGUGCAGAGUAUUGCCGCACGCGGCACAUGCACACCUUGUCCACGGGCAUACUUUGGUCGGCACAAUAUAAAACCUCGCUGUUGCAAGGAAUCCUAUCCAACAUCUUGCAUACUCCAGUCACUGACCAACCUCCUCGGAAUCCAAACCAAUCCCACCCACGAUGUCAUCAGCACAGCAAUCGUGUCCAUGUCCCCCGAGCUGUAGAUGUCACACCGGCCCCGACAUGGGCAGGAAUCUGGUUGUAUGCAUCGACGGGACAUCCAACAAGUUUGGUACUAAAAACACCAAUAUCAUCCGACUGUGUAGUAAUAUCGUCAAGAAUGAUAAACAGUUAGUGUGCUACCUUACAGGCGUGGGAACAUAUGGAAGACCUGGAGGCCUCGCGCACGCGCGAUUGGUGGAACGGGCCACGAAUAUCUUGGACCAAGCCAUUGCCCAUAAUGUCAGCCGAUCGAUUAUGAACGCUUAUAGAUGGCUCGCAGACAGGUACCGUGAUGGUGACAAGAUCUUUCUGUUUGGAUUUUCAAGAGGUGCAUACCAAGUUCGUGCUUUGGCGGGAAUGAUCCACGAAGUGGGGCUCAUCAUUCCCGGCAACAAAGACCAAAUUCCCUACGCCUUCAAGUAUUACUCUGCCAUUAAGAGUGGGAAACUCAAGGAUAUUAGUCUUGCAAAGGAUUUUAAACGGACCUUCUCGACGAGCGCGUCGGUAUAUUUCGUCGGCGUAUGGGACACCGUGUCGUCUAUUGGUAUUAAUAGCUUAAGGAAUUUGCCGUCUGCCAAUACAUGCGAUCACAUUCGCUACUUCCGCCAGGCACUGGCCCUAGAUGAGCUCAGGGUAAAAUUCCUACCUGAGUAUGUCUGCGGUGGCAUGGGCGAACGAUCCAAAUCAAAACCAGGGCUACCUCCCUCGCACGAACAUGUUAAGGAGGUUUGGUUUGCUGGUAAUCAUUCGGAUAUUCACCUUACCUUGCAAGACAUGCCUCUACUAUGGAUGUGUGAAGAAGUUCUCGCGGCCGGACUCCUGCUAAACAAUUCCAAUAUAGACUUCGCAUACGAAGACUGGCGUGGACACAAUAUCAAAAGCUCUUUGAAUGUCGCAUGGUGGCUCCUUGAGGUUUUGCCGAUC